GAUAGUGCUAUCGAGAAACGCAUUAUCAGUACUAUUACAUCCAUUUUGCUUUCGAAUAGCUCUGAUAAAUGUUAAAGACAAAUAAUAUAAUAAAUGUGGAAAUAAUAUAGAUACAAUCUUAGUCAUUAAGGAUUGGCGUCUACGUAAUAUUUUAACAAACUUCAUAUAAAAAUCCAGAAGAAAGAUUGUUCAGAUGAAUUUCUUACAUCUAGCAAACGGUUCCGAGAAACCAGCAGAAGUGAAAGGUCGGGCGCGUCUAUAUGGCAUGCUGUACUGCCCCUACGUUCUGAGAGUCCACCAUGUACUCAAUUUUAAGCAGAUUCCAUAUGAUAUUAUCAAUAUCAAUUUGCAGAAUAAACCGCAAUGGUUUCUCCAAAUCAAUCCAGUUGGCAAGGUACCAGUUUAUAUAGAUUCGGACGGUGCAAUAGUAACGGAAUCUGUCACAGUAGCGAACUAUCUGGAUGAGAAAUACCCUGAGCCUCCUCUGUACAAUGAUGAAACAAAAAGUCGUGAUUUGGAGCUGAUAGAUCAUUUUUCUAAGUUCGUAAGUAUGAUUACGAAUAUCAUAUUUGAGGAGAAUAAGAGACCGUUCGAAGAGAUUCUCACCGAGGUAAUGAAUAUCUUACAAAAAUAUGAAGAUGAGCUUGAUGUACGUAAGACAACUUUGUUCGGAGGGAGCAAUCCGGGUAUGUUAGACAUUCUAAUGUGGCCUUGGUUUGACAUUGGAAAGGCUUUAGUUCUACUUCACAAACAGCAUGCAAAUGUUGAGAGAUACAAGAAGAGAUUUCCUAAUAUAAUGAAAUGGGCAGACGGAAUGAAAAUUCAGCCGUUUGUUUUAAAAUACAGAUGCUCGUAUAAAAAAUUGGCAAAGUUUUUAGAAGCUGUGAAAACGAAAACUGUUGAUUAUGAUAACAUAAAUGAUAUUUAA